AUGGUAUUCUCAAUCUCUCGCGCAUCAACAGUGUUCCUGCUCUUUUCUUCAGCAUUCUCCUUUACUCCAUGUCCCCUGCUCGGCCCUGCCUUCCCGCCAUGGACUCUGGACACAAGCGACAAGACCAUUGCGAGUGCCCUGGAAGCCCUGACACGGGAGCUGGACAUGCUAGUAUCGACAAACACCGGUUCUCAUGGGGAUGUCUCUCCGAAUACCACCUUCAGCAUCGCCCUAUCCUCGGCUGACUCUGGGAGCGCGCAAGACGAACCCUUCUUCUGGCAGUAUCAUCAUAUAGCGCCCGCGUUGAGCCGCUCUGCGGCUGGCUCUCGUGUCGCCGAUGAAAAUAGCAUUUACCGCAUUGGUGGUCUUACAGAGGUCUUCACUGUGUGGUGCCUGCUUCUCUCGGGAGGAGACCAUCUUUUGAAUGAUCCUGUUACUAAAUAUCUUCCCGAGCUGGCCAAUGGCACGAGUACUCAGGACGAUAUUGAACAUGUCCUGUGGGAUGAUGUUACUGUUGGCCGGCGUUCGAGUCAUAUGUCUGGGCUUGCGAGAGAUUAUUGCUCUACCAAUUUUACUUUGCAAAUGAGUCCUGCUAAGGCCAGUUUUCCUCCGCGCCACGAACCCCCCAAGCCUUGCUGUGGCGAUGGAAUUAAGUGUGAUAGCAGCGAGUUUAUCCAAUACCUGGCGAACCAGCCUCUCGUCGCGCCACCCAGUGUAACCCAGAGCUAUUCUAAUAUGGCAUUCCAUCUCCUAGGCUACAUCAUCGAACGAAUCGCUGGUAAACCCUUCAGCGACGUCCUCCAACAAUAUGUAUUUGACGUCUUAGGCAUGACGCAAACUACAAUGUUUGCGCCACUCGAUUCAAGCAACGGGAUUAUCCCUAUCAAAUCCCUCUUCACAACAAUUACCGAUCUCUCGAUCGCCGGCCAAGCAAUUUUAAACUCGACGCUUCUGACCAAGUCCCGCACAAACCGCUGGCUCAGACCGGUCUCGCACACUUCCAAUCCCGCUAACUCUCUCGGUAUUCCGUGGGUUAUUUAUAGUGGCGGCUCGUACCCGAAUACGUCCAUGGUCGACGUCUACACGGUUUUGAGCAACGAAGGAGUAAACGGAGGCCUCUACAGCUCGUACCUCGGCUUAGUCCAUGAUUUUGGGGUCGGGUUCGCGAUUCUCUCCGCUGAUACUGAGACUCCGGCGGAGUUGAACGCACAUGCAGAUAUAAUUGAAGAUGUUGUUCUCGAAGCGUUAAUGGUUACAGCUCCUGAGCAGGCAGCCCAGAAUUUUGGGAGAGAGUAUCAGGCAUCUGGGAUCAAUUCGUCGAUUACCGUGGCGUACGAUGAGCUGCCCGGACUAUGUAUCAAUGAGUUCGUCAGCAACGGCACCGACUUCCGAGCGAUCCUCGCUGCCCUGCUCGGAAUCUCGAAACCAAAGGGUCUGAGUAUCAGGUUGUAUCCAACACAGCUGAUAGACGACUCCGGCCCUGGCUCAAGGCAGGCCUUCCGCGCAGUCUUCCAGGAUAUAACCGAGCUAGCGGAUAAUGGGACUCCGACUUGUGUGUCAUGGAUGGAUGUCGACAAGCUCACAUAUGGAGGUCGCGGGCUGGACGAGUUUGUCUUUGCUUUGAACGCCAGUGGUGACGCUGUGGGUGUGCAGAUUCCGGCCUUGCAGGUGGACCUUUGGAGGGAGACGAACGACUUGGAGAAACGCGUAUACUGA